AUGGACUCCCAGGUUUGUCAAAACUAUUACCAAGAUUGCGAAGCUGCUGUCAACAGGCAGUUUAACAUGGAGCUCACUGCCUCCUAUCUUUAUCUUUCCAUGGCGUCUUUCUUUGACUGGGAUGAUGUCGCCCUUGACCAUUUCUCCCAGUUCUUCAAAUGUCAGUCUCAGGAGAAGCGGGAAUAUGCAGAGAAGCUGAUGAAAUUCCAGAACCAGUGUGGAGGCUGCAUCCUCCUACAGGAUGUGAAGAGGGAUGAGUGGGGCAACAGUCUACAGGCAAUGCAAGUUGCCCUGGAUCUGGAGAAGAAUGUGAACCAGAGUCUGCUGGAUCUACACCAACUCGCCACCACUGAGACUGACCCUCAUCUGUGCAACUUCCUGGACAUUCACUAUUUGGAUGAGCAGGUCAAGUACAUCAAGCGACUUGGGGACUACAUCGCCAACCUGAAGCAUCUGGGAGCUCCUAAGAAUGGGAUGGGAGAGUAG